AUGGGGAAGUGUUGCCAACUAGUGAUGGGUCCUGCAGGCAGCGGGAAGUCGACAUAUUGUAAAUACAUAAAACAGUAUAUGAAUGAUUUGCAUCGCCAUCCUUAUAUGGUCAAUUUGGAUCCGGCCAUUGACCAGAAUUACUACGACAUUGAUAUUGACAUCAGAGAUUUAGUCACCGUGGAAGACGUGAUGGAAGAAAUGAGUUUUGGACCGAACGGUGCGCUGGUGUAUUGUUUGGAAUAUUUUUUGGAUAACCUUGAGUGGUUUGAUGAGAAGCUGGGCGACUACGACGACGAUUAUUUGAUCAUUGAUUGCCCUGGGCAAAUCGAGUUAUACAGCCAUUUACCAGUUAUGUCGAGAUUUGUGGAUUAUAUGAAGGAACAGAACUAUAACGUGUGUGCUGUCUUUCUUGUUGAUUCGCAAGUGCUCACCGACUCCACUAAAUACGUGAGUGCCGUGUUGUGCUGUUUGUCUGUGAUGUCGUCGCUUGAAAUUCCUCAUAUCAAUGUGAUGUCGAAAAUGGAUAUGUGGAGUAAAAAUUUGCAAGACCCAGAGACGUUCUAUGAUUUCUUAGACCAAGACCCCCUUUUCUCGUCUGACCUGGAUGAGAAAAUGGGAGAUAAGUACCACAGACUCAACGCUGCUUUGGUACAGUUAGUCCAAAGUUAUGCUCUUGUCGGGUUUACUCCAUUGAAUAUCAAAGAUGAAGACACUAUAGAUGUUCUCCUCCAGAAGGUAGAUACUUGUGUCCAAUAUUAUGACGAUGUAGAACCACAAGAACCUAAAGAUGAAGACGUGAAUGAAACUGAUUGA